AUGAAGCCUUCUAGACUCCAAGAACACUUGAAUAAAAUUCAUGCUGAUAAGAAGGACAAUGAUUUAUCCUAUUUUCAAGGACUUGAAAAGAAAUAUUUAAAACAGCCAACUAUAUCGAACCUUUUUGCAUCGUGUUCUAAACAAGAAAAUGAUGGAUUACGAGCUUCAUAUAAUAUUUCAUUAUUAAUUGCAAAAUCGGGAAAACCACACACAAUUGGUGAAGAAUUAAUAAUCCCGGCAGUCAAGGAGGUAAUUGAAACUGUCCUUCAUCAUAAGACUCCAUCAGAUAUCAUCAAAAAAAUUCCUUUGAGUAAUAAUACAGUACAAAGAAGAAUCGAUGAAAUGGCUAAAGACGUUGAACUAUCAUUAUGUGAGUACUUACAGACGUCCAAGUUUUCCAUUCAACUCGAUGAAUCAACAUUACCAAAUAAUGAAGCACUACUUUUGGCUUACGUCCGAUUCAUAAAAGAAGAAAAAAUUUGCCAAGAGUUAUUAUUUGCAAAAAAUUUGGAAACCGAUACAAAGGGAGAAUCCAUAUUCAAUACCAUGCAUGUUUUUUUUUUCAAGAAAAAGGAAUUCCCAUUAGAAAUAUUUUGUCAGUUGCUACAGAUGGUGCUCCAGCAAUGA